AUGGCCUCGGACCCAGCAUGGACACAGCAAAGGGACCAGGUGCAGGAGGAUGGGGAAGCUCCUCGAAGUCGAUUGUCUGAGAAACUUCUGGACUUUUUCCAGGCUAAAGGCCUGAGAAAUAAUAGGAGAAAAGGUCAAGGGCAGAUGCUCAGAGAGCACAGAGGCUCAGGGGAAGCCACUGCUGCCAAGGCCAAACCCAAAACUUUUGCCAAAAAAAGCGAAGUCUGUAGGAGUGCAAUGUGGCAGAAGGAGCCUAGUAAGGAGAACCCACAAAUGAGCGGGCAACCAUCAACACCAGGCCCCAUCUUAGGCGAUAAAUGGCCCUCCUCGGUCACUUCACCCAGGCAAAGGAUAAGUGGAAGUAACCUUCUGCAAAACCCCUCCAGUAAUGCUGGAGAGAACCAAACAAACCCUCGUGAAAACUUCACAAGGAAAACUUCCAGCAGAACAUUGCUGGAGGAUAAUGGGCACCUCGAAAGAUGGUACCACAAGGCCACACGGAUGGCCAAACUUCUAACUUUCACCCCACACAUAGACAGGGUGAAGUGGGACUGGUUAAAUAAUGGUCCUACUCGACUCCCUGACACGAAGUGGUCAGGCGAAAAUGAUACAGAAAUUUUCUGGCAGUGGUACACCACACUGCUAGGAUUCCUCACAUCACGAGGAUAUAGAGGUGCACACUACGAUGAAAUCCAUCUGGAUUGUCUCAUUGGUGGAUUGGCAGAGCCUGCACUCUCACACAGACUAAAACUCCGUGAAGAAGCCCUCCUUAGAGAUAAAGGGGGGAAAUUUCUUGAAGUUCUCGAUACUCUAAUGAGGACAUAUAUCAAGGAGCCCACCACAUUGAAGGUGACGGAAAAAUACUGCAAUGUAAAGUACAAUGCAGGAAAAGGACCCAGACAGUCCUACCCAGAACCAUCGCUUAAUGCUAGGUUUCUGGAAAACAUCCUCCCUGAAUGCAAGGAGGAAAUAAUCAAAAUGGGAUUCUCCUCUUUCGAGGAGAUGUUCAGAACAACAUCUCGCAUGGACGAGAUGAAAAACAGGCUGAGGAUAGCUCCAGCCUACAGGCCAGAAUGCUAUGCCAGACCUAAAACCACCGCGACCACAAAUCGCGAAAAGCCCAACCAGGCGGGAAAGGAGAAACACGCAGAGGCAAGAGCCAAUGUGCAAGACCCUAAACCCAAAUGGAAAGGCAAAUCCUCCCUUCAGGGAACACUGACCAAAGGCUGGUACAAGAUCGCCAGGGAAGUCGACUACAAAACAGAAGGUGAAGUUGGAGACGGCUCCAACGAAGAAGAACUGGAGAAUAUCUCUGGUGAUUUCGAAGUGGAGGACACCUCCAAUGACUUUGAACUGGAGGACCCAAACAAGGGACCUCACUACUCGCCGAGAAGAAAGGGCGAGGACAUCAGCAUUGGGACCACAAUAAUGGCCCCAAGAUCCGACAUCAUUGAAAACAAUGACGAAAAAAAUACACUAAAACUGGCGAUAAGCCAGACCAAAAAAAGAACUACCAACUCUUUGGUGAUGACACCAAAGAGGGAUUCCCCUGAGGAAAGUCACUCAGAAGACAACACCCCCGAGAAAAAAACCUCGGAGGGAGACCCACUGAAGGAGGACCCUUCGGAAGAAACCACCCCGGAGUCUCCAGAAGAAGAUGAGCUCUGGGUGGAGUUUAUACUCAGCUGGCUAGCGGCCACAAUCCACCCUCUCCCCAGUAGAAAUACUGGGCUGCAUCACUACAACCCAGUCUGCACAAUCUUGCUGCCAACUAUUGGCAGCCUUCCUCUCAUACCGAGAGGUUUUUGA